CCCGGGGCGCCAGCCAGCGGGAGGGAGAGAGAGAGGACAAAGGCGACGACUUUUGCGGCGCCUCCACCUCCCUGUGCGUCUGUAGCGCCGCGGCACGAGGGACGUCGGGUAGCCAACUUUCGGGGUUCCCUUUUUGGAAGCGGCGUGCUAGACAAGCUGCAAGCAAGGUCGCGAGGUGAAUGUGGGGGAUCCAAUGCUGGUAGGCGGCGCGUCGUCGAUCGGGUGAAGUGUGAGGUGAGGACUGAGGGAGGAGGGCGGUGGCCAUGGCGUGGAAGCUUCUCCCUUGUGUGCUCCCUCCCGUUCGGAAAGGCGGCGAGAGGCCCACGACCACGACGACGAGUCGAGGCGGAAAAAGGCAGGCGGAGGAGGGCAGAGGAAGGAAGAGAGCAGGCGCAAGCAAAGCCAAGCCCGGAAAGGAACCGCACCCGACCGUACCUUGGGAACCGAGGCCGAUAGAUAGGGCACUGAACUCAACCAUCGGGUCCGAGAGACGUUGUUGCCCUUGGCCACUGCUCUUGACCGAGAUGCAGUAUACUACUACCACUCCGAUAGCACUUGGUACAGUAGUGGAGCACAGCAAGACUACUCAUCUCUGUAAAUGCAAGCUUCAAAUUGAAAUUAUUCACCGUUUUUUUUUAAAAAAAAGCAGCCUUGUAGGAGCACAGCAAGACUACUCCAAUCCAAAUCCAAAAAGAGAGACAAAAAAAAAAUGAAUAGGAAGAGACGGGCACGGGCAGGGCAGUUGAGUUUGGGCGGAGUUCAAUUGAUAGAGUCCAGCUUACGCCACCGCCGCUACCCCUAUAAAACGGCGGAGCCGACGGCCCCUUCUUUUCCUCUCCUCCAUAACCACGAGCCAAGCGCGACGGAUCCCAAUCCAUCUUCUCCUCAUCCCCACCACGACCAAAAAAAAAUCCGGUCGCCGAUGCCGUCUGCUGCCUGACAUCGGUCAGCCAGGGUAGAUCGCGCAGGCAGGCAGCCCCACACACAUACGAAACCCAAUCCUGCUUCGAUCCCGUCGGCCGGCGAUGGAGGGCCGGCGGCCGGGCGCGCCCGUGGCGGGCCUGCCCAUCGGCUUCCGCUUCCGCCCCACCGACGAGGAGCUGCUGCUGCACUACCUCCGCCGCAAGGCGCUGGCCUGCCCGCUCCCCGCCGGCGUCAUCCCCGACGCCGACCUCGCGCGCCUCCACCCGUGGGACCUCCUCCCCGCCGCCGCACCAGGGGGAUCCGGAGCCGACGCCGACGGGGAGCGCUUCUUCUUCCACCGCCCGGCGACGCAGUGCUGGCGCAAGGGCGGCGGCGCGGCCAGGGCGGCCGGCACCGGCGUCUGGAGGCCGUCCGGCAAGGAGACCCUCGUCCUGUCCCCGCGCUGCAAGCGCCCCGUCGGCACCAAGCGGACGCUCGUAUUCUGCCCCCGCCGCGGCCGCGCCCGCACCCACUGGGCCAUGCACGAGUACCGCCUCCUCCCCGCCGGCCUCCACCCCUAUGGCUGCGCCGCCGGCGCCGGCGCCAACGCGCCUCCGCCCACUAAUGUGAGCUCCCACGGCGGCGACGCGGCGGCCGACUGGGUGGUCUGCCGCAUUUUCAGGAGGGCCAGGCCGGCCCACCGCGCCCGCCUUGGUGGUGGCGCCAGGGAGGAACUAGAAGAGGAGCACGCGGCGGAGGAGAGCCCGUCGUCCUGCGUCACCGACGCCUCCGAGACCCUCGACCAGGAAGAGGAUGACGGCGACGAAGGGAGCAGCAGCAGCACCGUCGCCUCCUCUAACUGAGACUGAGUAGAAGAGUUGGCUACCCCAUGUCGAUCAGAUCGCGGGCGCCAUGUUCUAAUUGCCGUAGAAGCCUCAUCAUCAGUACCUAGUUGCAAUCAAUAGAGAGACAAGAAGAUCGGCCUCCAACAAACCAACAAAAAAAAAGCUAAGCGCUUUGGUGGUAUGUUGCUGUUGGAGCUCGUCGCGAAUCCAGAUUGUUAAUUAGCGAGAAAUUAAUCCGUUCCCCCCUCCGGCAAUUAUUAAUUAAUCACCGUUCCCUGGUUCUCCCACAAUGUGUUGCUCAUUCGUCGAAGCAAAACAAUGCCAUUCGCCCAA